AUCACAGUGGCGGCACGCAAACGCAGCCAACGCUAAAGCCAAACAAAUCUUUCAAAACAUGGAUAGUGCGAUUUGUCGCAUUUGCUUAAACUCAUCGGUUACGCUUGUGCACAUCUUCGCCAAGCGGGAGCAAAUAUACAAAGGCCAGCCGGAGCCAUGCCUGGCGGAUAUGCUAAACGAGUGCGCCGAUUGUCACAUCAAAUCCAAUGAUACACUGCCUCAACACAUUUGCCUCAGCUGCAUACUGAGCGCACAAAACGCAUUCCGAUUCAAGCGCACGUGUGAGCAGAGCUACCGGCAACUGGUGGCCAAUGCCAAAUCCAACUUGCGGCAAACAAACAAAAUCAAUGGGUCCAAUGGAACGCCAACAGAGAUCGGCAUCAAGCAGGAACAAGAGGUGACAGCUGAUGAAGUACCCAGCGAAGUUGGCCCAAAUCCAAUCCUGUGUCCCAGUCAAAGCCACAAAUGUGCACCAACGCCGCCCAAAGCCAGCCCGCCACGACAUGAACAAUUGAAGCGUCCAAGAUCAUCCACGACCAUUUCAGCGGAGAACAAAAGCCAAAAAUAUGAGUCUAAAGAAACGCAAAAGAAAGCCGGCAACCAGCAGGAACAGGAGGCGACCGCUGAGGAGGCACCCAGCGAGAUUAGCUCAAAUCUGCUGUACAAGUGCCAAGUCUGCAGCAAGCAAUUCGCCCAUAUGAGCAUUUUGAGCCUGCACAAGAAAUGGCAUCUCGAAAUCAAGUCCAGUGCCAAGAUCAUUGCCAAACCAAAGGUUAACAAAGUGGGAAAGGGGAAAAAGAAACAACAACAAUGCUCCAUCUGCGAAAAGAAAUAUGCAACUGUUCAUUUACUCAAAAGACACAUCUCGACGCACAGCACGGAACGUCCAUAUGCGUGUACCCUCUGCCCGACAACCUUUCGACUGGCCACCAAUCUCAAGAGGCACAUGCGCAACCAUACGGGCGAACGUCCAUAUAAAUGUCCCUGGUGUACGGAAUCCUUUGCGCGAAGCGACUAUUGUCGGAGCCACAUGGAGAGAGAUCACAAUGGUUUAACGUUUAACGGGAGAUUGUUUCGAAAGUCGUAGUCAAGUGACCUCAUCCACCGCAACACGGUUAAGCGGGAGACACGGGAUACCUUUGAGUAUUCAAAUUAAAAAAAUAAUAGGGAAAAAGGAUGAGAAGGUAAAUUUUUAUGUUAGUGUGUAAUAUAAAUUUGUAAAAUACAAUUAUAAAUAUAAAAAUUUGCUUAAA